ACUGGAUAUGUUUCUCGUACCUCCUUGGGCUCUUACCAGGGCUUCUAUAUAUACUUGUAAGAUAAAACCCAUUCGCGAGGGAGGACUCAAUGAGUUUAGCGUUUUUACUCGAAAGAGAAGUAGGUGGCUUUCUGUCUCACGUGCAGAUGUGAACGAUGUAUGUUCUCUGUGUGCUGAAGUGAUCCUGUUUUCGACUAAGAUGGAAGAUAGAGGCCCUGCGGGUGGAGGAAUGGGUGACUACACGAAAGAUGGUACAGUAGACCUUAAAGGUAGGCCAGUCCUCAGAUCAUCCACUGGCAAAUGGAAAGCUUGCUACUUCAUUGUUGGAUAUGAAAUAUUUGAGAGGAUGGCGUACUACGGAAUAGCAUCAAAUCUAGUAAUAUAUCUCACAAAUAAGCUCCAUGAAGGCACUGUUGAAUCAGCAAACAAUGUGACUAACUGGAUAGGCACUGUUUGGAUGACACCCCUUAUUGGCGCAUACUUCGCAGACGCUUAUCUUGGUCGAUAUUGGACUUUCAUGAUAGCUUCCUCCAUUUACCUUACGGGGAUGGUAUUGUUAACGUUCGUUGUUUCAUUGUCGGCCUUACACCCUGGGUCGUGUGGGAAUGGAGUGAAAGAGCAAGAUUGUGACAAGAAGGCCUCAACUCUUCAAAUAGGUAUAUUCUACCUAGCCUUGUACAUAAUUGCAAUAGGAACUGGUGGAACCAAGCCUAAUAUCUCAACUAUGGGGGCUGAUCAAUUUGAUGACUAUGAGCCUAAAGAGAGGCUCCAAAAGCUCUCCUUCUUCAACUGGUGGGUGUUUAGCAUCUUAGUGGGAACUCUUUUCUCCAACACUUUCCUUAUCUACAUCCAAGACAAUGUCGGUUGGGCCGUUGGCUAUGCUCUCCCUACUGCAGGCCUUGCAGUGUCCAUCGUGGUCUUCAUUUUCGGGACGCGCUACUAUAGGCAUAAGCUCCCACCGGGCAGCCCAUUAACUCGGAUGGCAAGGGUUCUCGUGGCCACCGUGAGGAAGUGGGGGGCAGUUGUCCCCAACGACCCAAAACAACUCUAUGAGCUCCCCUUGGAUGAGUACUCGAGUUCUGGCCAAUUCAGACUCGACCACAGUUCCUGUCUCAGCUUUCUAGACAAAGCAGCUGUGCAGACGGGCUCGAGCUCACCAUGGAUGCUGUCGCCUGUGACUCAAGUCGAGCAGACGAAGCAGAUGGUGAAGAUGAUCCCGAUCCUAGCAGCGACGUUCGUACCAAGCACGAUGGUUGCACAAACGCACACGCUUUUCAUCAAGCAAGGGACAACUCUAGACAGGGCAAUAAGCUCCCACUUCAAGAUCCCUCCGGCCUGCCUCUCCGCAUUCACAACCAUCUUCAUGCUCAUCACCGUCGUCAUCUACGACCGUCUCUUCGUCCCCUUCGCCCGCAGACGCACCAAAAAUCCACGAGGGAUCAGUCUGCUGCAGAGGAUGGGAACAGGACUGGUGAUCCAUGUAUUGAUAAUGGCAAUGGCUUUCCUUGCAGAGAGGCGGAGGCUAAGCGUGGCGCGGGAGAAUGGAAUUUACGGGAAGGAUGAGACGGUCCCGCUGUCCAUCUUCAUUCUCCUCCCACAGUUUGGGCUGAUGGGAGUGGCGGAUAACUUCGUGGAGGUGGCGAAGCUCGAGUUCUUCUACGAUCAGGCGCCCGAAGGGAUGAAGAGCAUUGGGACGGCCUAUUCGAUGCUGAGUUUGGGGAUUGGAUAUUUCUUGAGCAGUUUGGUGGUGUCGACUGUGGCUGAUGUUAGCAAGAGAAAUGGGAGGGGAUGGAUCAUGAACAAUCUCAAUGUGUCUCAUUUGGAUUAUUACUAUGCAUUUUGUGCAUUGUUGAGCUUUUUAAAUCUUGUUUUCUUUCUGAUUGUUGCCAAGUUUUUUGUGUAUAAUGUGGAGGUGAGCAGCCAAGAAGCAGAAAGCAAGUUGAUUGAAUAAGAUUUUUCUUUAUACUCUU